GCACCACCCAAACUCCAUUUUUGUCCCGAUACUGUGAUGAGGUCAUGGUGAGUGGAGCAAACAGAGCCAACCAAUAUCAAUAUGUACCGUAUCCACCAAUUCAUCCGUGCCCUUCUUCCUUCUUCGGCCGGCUGCCGCCUCUAUAGUCUCUUUCUCCACUCCCACGGCCGCCAUGCUUCAGAACGACGACCUCGCUCGCUUCCUCUUCUCCUCCGCCCUAGUAGCGCUCAUCUUCUCGUGGGUCGUAUGGAUCCUCUCAGGAAAAUCAAGAACUGGCCGUCAGCCGCCGUUGCCUCCUGGACCUCCCGGCCUUCCCAUCGUUGGAAAUCUUCCCUUCCUCGACCCGGAGCUCCACACCUAUUUUGCAAACCUUGCUCUGGAGUAUGGCCCUAUUCUGACCCUGCGGCUGGGAAAGAAAGUCGGAAUCGUGGUCACUUCCCCGUCCAUAGCUCGCGAAGUGCUCAGGGACCAAGACAUCACCUUCGCCAACCGCGACGUUCCCGCCGCCGGAAAGGAGGCGGCCUACGGCGGCCGCGACAUCGUCUGGACUCCCUAUGGACCAGAGUGGCGGAUGCUGAGGAAGGUCUGCGUGCGGGAGAUGCUUAGCAACGCCUCCAUGGACUCGGUCUACGCCCUCCGGCGGCGGGAGCUCCGGCGGACGAUCAACUACAUCUACCGGCGGCGCGGGUCGCCCGUGAAUAUCGGGGAGAAGAUGUUCCUGAACGUGCUGAACGUGAUCACGAACAUGCUGUGGGGCGGCACGGUGAAGGGGGAGGAGAGGGGAAGCCUCGGGGCGGAGUUCCGGACGGUGGUGGCGGAGAUAACGGAGCUGCUGGGGAAGCCCAAUAUCUCGGACUUCUUCCCCGGUCUGGCCCCGUUCGACUUGCAGGGGAUCCGGAAGCAGCUUAAGGGGCUGACCCGGCGGUUUGAUCGGAUAUUCGAGGUUAUGAUCGAUCAACGGCUGGAUAUGGAAGAAGGGAAAGGCGAUGGAGACAAGGAGACCAAGGAUUUUCUGCAGCUGUUGCUGAAGCUGAAACAAGAAGGGGAUUCGGGAGAGACUAAAACGCCUCUUACCAUGACCCACAUCAAAGCCCUACUAAUGGACAUGGUGGUGGGAGGCACAGAUACAACCUCCAACGCAAUGGAGUUUGCGAUGGCGGAGAUGAUGAAGAAUCCUGAAAUCAUGAGGAAAGCACAGCAAGAACUAGACGAAGUGGUCGGCAGAGACAACAUCGUCGAAGAGUCUCACACUCACAACUUACCAUUCUUAUACGCAGUGAUGAAAGAAGCUUUACGGGUGCACCCUGCUCUGCCGUUGCUGGUGCCUCACUGCCCCAGCCAAUCUUGUGUCGUCGGUGGCUACACCAUUCCCAAAGGCGCCCGAGUCUUCAUUAACGUGUGGGCGAUCCACAGAGACCCGUCGAUUUGGGAAAACCCGCUUGAGUUUGAUCCCGAGAGGUUUCUGGUUUCCAAGUUCGAUUACAGUGGCAAUGACUUCAGCUAUUUCCCCUUCGGGUCGGGCCGGAGGAUUUGCGCGGGGACUGCCAUGGCUGAGCGGAUGUUCAUGUUUUCACUGGCCUCGCUUCUGCAUUCAUUUGAGUGGAAGCUGCCUGAGGGAGAGGAGAUGGAGGUGUCGGAGAAGUUUGGAAUCGUUUUGAAGAAGAAGACUCCCCUUGUUGCAAUUCCAACGCCGAGGCUAUCUGAUCCAGCACUUUAUGAUGACUAAGAAAGUGGAACGAGCUAGCCUUCUUCUGCUUCCAUGGCGGUACGCCUAACGCAAUCGAACAGAAAGGGAAUUCUUAGUGAUGCCACCAAAUUAAGGUAACAAGAAGAACUAAAGAAAGGACACGAAAAAAUUGUUGUUUUGCUUUAAUAAGUAUUGUAAUUUAUUGUAAUUGAUGUUUUACGAACAAAAACUCAUUAAAAAAAUCAAAAAGCUUAAAAGUCUAAAAUAA